CACUCGCUCAUCGCCACUUCUCCUGCGACGCCCUCUUCACGUGUACAUGUGUCGCAAUGUACUAAACAGCUGCGCAGUCGCCUUGUCAUGCCAUGAACCGUGAUACCCGCAUGCGCAACACCAUCUCAUCAGCCCGCACUCCCUCUUUCAACCGCCGCGAUGAGUGCCGAAAGCAUCAACAUCAUCACGAUCGACUUUCCCGACCCUGACCGCACAGAGAUUAUCGAUGAUCGUAUCGAUCGACUUGCCUCGAACGAAUCCUUCGAGUUCCCCGUGCAGAACAUACAAACGCUUUCUUCAAAGGGUGUCGAGCGCGGAGACGAUCCGUACGGCCUCCUCUACAUACCAGCCUUGCAGACAGACGAGUGCAGGGACUCGGAGAAGGACUAUGUUCCUGAGAAUGCCACACGCCUGGCCAAUCUUCCAUACAAUGCUGGCUAUGCACUCAUCGCCGUUGCUCCGUGGUUCUCGCCCAACUGCAUGAAGGAGUAUUUCACAACGGCCCGGAACGAACCGGUCAAGGCCUUCAUCGUCUACCAACCGGAUCCAGACUCGACUGCAAUGCCACCCGAGACGAAUGACCAAGUAUGGGCAAUGAACGAUGGUGGAAGCUGGCAGUACAGCAACCAAUUCCCGACGUAUGCCGUACCGGGCGCAAGCGGGUACCUCAUAACAAGCCAAAUGAGCAACUACUCUGGUAACAUAUCUACUGUGCCUUACGGAGACUCUCUAUCAAAGCAGUACUCAGAGACGGACUAUAUUCGUUUGUGGGCGAAAGUCACAGCUGAUUCUGGCACUCAGCUUCCUAGCUUAUGGGUUUUCCUUGUCAUAGUUCUAGGCUUGCUCAUCCUGAUAAUAGGUGCCACUUCACUUUGCAUGCACAUUGUACAACGACGACGCCGCAAUGCGCUACGACGGCGCGUAAUCAACGGCGAAGUGGACCUCGAAGCAUUGGGGGUGAAGCGACUUACCGUGCCCGCAGACUAUCUCUCGAAACUACCAGUAUUCCCUUACCUUGGAGAGCCGGACCACGUUGAAAAGAGCAUGGCGCAGGCAUCCACUCCGGCUGAUGCUGAGACAGGUCUGAAGGGGAUUCCGCUUAGUCGGCGGUCUUCUGCUCCAGAUGCUCCUCCCAUAACAUAUGCUUCCGCCAUCUUCGCACAGUCGACAUGUCCGAUCUGCUUGGACGAUUUUGAGCCGAAAGAAUCGCAGGUCAGAGAGCUGCCAUGCCGACAUAUUUUCCACGUUGACUGCAUCGACCCUUUCCUACUCAACAACAGCAGCCUUUGUCCGAUAUGCAAGCAGAGCGUGCUGCCGCCAGGGUACUGUCCGCCCAAAAUCACCAAUAUCAUGGUACGGCGAGAACGGUUGAUCAGCCGCCGGCGAGCACAGGAUGCGUCCGGCCACACCCAUUCACCGGGGAACAUUGUUGCCCGCCUUCCCGGUGCAUAUGACUCCCUCCGUGCACGUGUAGGCAGGGCCACCGGCGGUCGUAGAAUAUUUAGUGCUCCAUCGAGAACGCAAUCACGACCCGCAGAUAUUGAGAUGAGCUCAGGGGCUCCUGCUGUCCCCCUCGGAGGAACCAUCGCUCCCGCAACUCCCGCCGCAGAGAUCGUCGCAGUGCCGCAACCCACGCAGCAGAAUAGUGUGCAAGAGUGUCCAGAGCCGCCCUCCGACCAGCCGCAUCAACGUAGAGAAUGGGCUAGACAACGGGCGCUUGCGCUUCUGGGGACCCAGCAUGGCCCGGUCGAAGGCGAAGAAGAAGAACUGGGUCGUUCACGGUGGAGACGUGGCCUGAACAAGAUUUUUCCUGGCUUUAGAUGAGUUUCUUUGAUCUUCUGAGAUACCACGGUCUACGGUUUUGGCGGCAAUGGUUUGGCAAGGGAUCAUCUGGCAUCAUCGCGAUGCGAGGCGUUUUGGAGGAUGACAUAUUCGUAACGGAUCAUGAGUGAGGAUUUGUCUGCAUUUUCGACAGGCUUAGCGGGCGUUAUGCUUGGGGUUUGGUGCUGAGACUCUGUUCUUUGGCGCGGUCUUUAAUAAUAUAAAAUCCUUUUGCAAGC